AUGGAUAUGCCUAGAAAAAUUAAGAAUUGUUGGUCUUUUUGUUGGUCAAUUGAGCGUUUUGAGAUAGAUCUGCCUCAGCGACGCAUUCCCGACAAUUGCGACAAUUUCGCUCAAGUCGAUCAAAACAAAUCAUCUUUGAGUCGUCGACCCCAUCUAUACGAACAUGAUCAGCGUGAAUACCUUAAUCCACUUUACAGCCAAAUGCACGACCCUCCAUCUUCUCAUCACUUUCCACACCAACGAAGUAGACCUCGUCCACCGGCCUAUGAAAUGGGAGACGAGGAGAUUACUUGUCGAAUGUGGAAGGAGCUUAAGGUUGCGCCCCAAUGGACCUUGACUGCACCUACCACCCCAUCCUCAUUAUCAAUUCAGACAAUGUCGACUUCACCGCUUCCGAUACAAUCCAUGUUAUCUAGACGGGAAAGGACACCUGAAUCCGAGAGGAGGAAUGGCUUUUAUAUUAGCACUUCAAGAGAAGGUUGCCCUGAUCGAAGUUCUAAGAUUAGGCAAAGUUGCCCACCAACUUCAAAUCCUGGACGGUCGUACCUGAGUCAUGCCGUUGGCAGGGAAAGAGAUAUGGAGACAACAAGUGCGUAUUACAGCAAACCACUUACUUCGCAAAUGGAGUAUCUCCAUCGUAAUAUGUUAUAG